AAAAGAGUACGGUGCGCCAGCAUCUUAUACGAAGCGUUUCUCAGUCCUUCGCUUCUGUUCCACUCCCUCUAUUUCUGUCAUCUUCUCCGUCACAUCUGACGGAAUUUCCGAAAUGCUCAAGCCCCGUCGACGCCCCCGUAUAGGUGGGGCCCACCUCUGCGCUGCAAUCGCUGCCCUCCUUCUCCUUUUCUCUCUCGCCGUCCUCCACACCCGCCUCGGCUCCUUCCGCCUCAGCCUCGGCUUUUUACCGUCGGACGACUCCUUCCGAAACCCCAACCGUCAGACGGAGUCCCAAUCCUCAGACGCUUCCGAAGACACAGAUGCCGCCACAUCCACCGUCCAUCUCCUCGCCGACGACGAAGAUCUUGAUAAAGAUGAUCUCAACGGCGGGGAAGAUCCCAUCGACGAACUCGACGCCCCUGAUGUGGAAACGGAAGUCGUUGAUGAAGAGGAGGAUCGGAUUCUCCAUGCUGUUGGCUUCGAAGACGGCUAUAGGGGCGGUGUAGAAGAUUCUAUGAAAGAAAAGAAUUCUGGGGUUUUCUGGGACCAUGUAAUGGGUGUCACGAGACGGCGUGGAUCGUUUGAUAAGCUAUCAAUGGGUGCGGUUGAUCCGUUGGACGGUGAUCAAUUCGGUUUUUAUUCGAGGAGUUCUGAGGAUCGGAGUAAGUCUGUGUUCGCGUCCGAUGAUCAGCCUUUGGAUGAAGGCGUGCGGAUGAAAUUGGAUGCAAUCAGGUCAGUUGAGGAUGUGCUGCUGCUGAAGGCGGGCCGCGGCAAUGGGGCGUCGGUGUUGAGGGAUGGGUGGGCCUCGUGGUUUGAGAAGAAGGGAGAUUUCCUUAGACGGGAUCGGAUGUUGCGAUCGAAUUUGGAGGUUUUGAAUCCUUUGAACAAUCCAAUUCUGCAGGACCCUGACACGCCCGGCGUGACUGGAUUGACGAGGGGAGAUAAGCUCAUGCAGAAAGCUAUCUGGAAGGAAAUCCAGAAGACCCCAUUUGGUGGGUCCCAGCAAGUUCAGAACACUGCAAUGAAAAUCUCUGAAAAAGGCAGUGUGGGUGCGGAUAAGAGUGAGGCAUUUGCCAAGAAGAGGAUUGAGAGAAGAACUUUAGAUGAGACAGUUGCUGCCAAUCAGAUGAAUGUUGUAAUGCGGGGCCCACCGAUUAGCUUUGGGGAGAAACAAAGGGAAUUGUCGAAGAAGUUGAAUUUUGAUGAUCGGAGUAAGAUCAAGUUGAGACUUAACAAGGAUGUCACAUUUGGUGGUGGACUGCCAUCAGUACAGACUGCUGAGAUGAAAAUGACUGGAAAUGGCAAUGUGGGUGGCGAGAUUAGUGAAACUAUUGUUAAGGAGAUGGUGGGGCAAAGAGCUUCAGAUGGAACUACUGUCGAUGGUGCUGAACAGAAGGACAGGGUACGUCAGGACCCGCCAACUCAUCUUAGGCAGAAGGAAAGGGAUUUAUCAAAGAAAAAGUUGAGUUUGGAUGUUCGGAGUGGAAUUGGGUUGAGACAUCCGAUAUAUGCGGAUGGGAAGCGAUGGGGAUAUUUUCCGGGCUUGGAUUCAGAUUUAUCUUUUUCGAAAUUCAUGGAUCAGUUUUUCGCACAUGGGAAGUGUUCGAUGCGGGUAUUCAUGGUGUGGAAUUCUCCACCGUGGAUGUAUGGUGUCCGGCAUCAGCGAGGGAUGGAGAGCCUUUUGUACCAUGAUCCUGACGCAUGUGUUGUGGUGUUUUCAGAGACGAUCGAGCUUGAUUUCUUCAGUGGCUUUGUAAAGAAUGGGUUCAAAAUUGCUGUUGUCAUGCCGAAUCUUGACGAGUUGCUGAAGGAUACUCCGGUGCACAUAUUUGCAUCAGCGUGGCACGAAUGGAGAAAGAUACCCCUUUAUUAUAUCCACUAUAGUGAGCUUGUACGCCUUGCUGCUCUCUACAAGUACGGAGGAGUCUAUCUAGAUUCCGAUGUUAUUGUAUUGAAGCCAUUGCGUUCACUUAAGAAUUUGAUUGCAACAGAAGAGCAGCUGGCUGCAAGUUCUACUCUCAAUGGAGCUGUGAUGGCAUUUGAAAAGUACAGUCCUUUCAUAAUGGAGUGCCUGAAGGAAUUUUACUCAACAUAUGAUGACACCCGUCUAAGGUGGAAUGGUGCUGAUCUUUUGACAAGAGUCAGCAACAGGCUUGCUAGCGGAAGGGAUGGUUCCGAUACACAGCUGGGUCUAAAGAUAGAAUCUCCAGUUGCAUUCUUUCCAAUAAAUUCUCACAAUAUCACAAGGUAUUUCGCCACACCAGCAACCCAGGCUGAAAGAGCCCAACAAGAUAUACUCUUCAAGAAGAUUCUAGACGAGUCACUUGCCUUCCAUUUCUGGAAUUCCUUGACGUCUUCGAUUGUUCCAGAACCCGAGAGCCUGGUCGAGAGGCUUCUAAACCGUCACUGCCUCCGUUGCCUUGAUGUGUUAUAAUCCUUCCUACAUGAAUGUCUCCUUUUCUGCAAAAGGCAAUUCCCCAUUUACCGACCCAUGCGGGAAUCAAGGUUCGAAAGACUGGAAGCAGAGAUCAUGUGGUCACUGAAAGAGCAAUGGUGAUGGUUGGAGAUGGCAUGAUUUUCUCUUUAUAUUUCGUGACGUGGAUGAUCCGAUCUGACGGGAGAUGGGUCUUGUUUGGUUAGAAAAGGUCAGGACUGUUGAAGUUGGAAAAGAUGAGGUUCAAAGGUGCAUAUAGGGGGGAUCAAAAGAGAUGUGAAAAGGGCCAUUUGAGAAUGUAUCUUGUUGGGUUUGAAAAGGUAAAGAAAAUCAAUGGCUUUUGUAGUAAGACUGGGCCACCAUUCUUUUGUCAAGAGGCUGGCUAAGGGGUUGA